AUGUCACAAUCUCUUCGCCCUUACUUGACGGCUGUGCGCUUCUCACUGCAGGCUGCACUCAAUUUGACCAACUUUUCCUCGCAGGUGGUUGAAAGGCACAACAGGCCUGAGGUGGAAGUCAGCAAUACAAGCGCCGAGCUGAAACUUCAGCCCAUGCAUGUUUCACGUAAUGAGCACGAGCAGGUCUUGAUUGAGCCUAGCGUGAACUCGGUGCGUGUUAGCAUUAAAGUCAAGCAGGCCGACGAAAUUGAGCAAAUUUUAGUGCAUAAGUUCACACGUUUCCUUGAGCAGCGUGCGGAGUCAUUCUAUGUCCUGCGGAGGGUUCCUAUUGAUGGCUUCAGCAUUUCGUUCCUGAUCACCAACAAACACACGGAAACAAUGAAAACCGAGAAGCUCGUGGAUUUCAUCAUUGAGUUUAUGGAGGAGGUUGACAAGGAAAUCAGUGAAAUGAAACUGUUUUUGAACGCCAGGGCAAGGUUCGUUGCUGAGGCUUACCUUGGCGAAUUUGUUUAUUAA